GGUAGUUUUAUAACUAUAGUGUAUUUUGUAUAGAGGUAGGUAGCGGCAAUAUCUUACUCCCCGCUUCCAAAGUUAUAGUCUGUGCUUAACGGUUUACAUAUUUUUAAACUUUGGGGUAUCACGAAGUGAUAUUCUUAGCUAUCUCUAAUCUUGAUUCCAUCCUGAAGGGCUGAUCGAGGUUGACGACUUGUUCAGUGAGAUCUUGGGUGGGAUUUUAUCCUAACUAGUCUAGAUAGUGCGGAAUGCAACCCUUACUCUCAGCCAGCCCCCAUCCAAGCUCAGCACUACCUACCCCUUAAGGUACCAUAUGCCUUUUGAGAUGGCUUAGUCCAACCCCGCAAUAUAAACGAUUUACCUCCUUUGCAUCAGGAGAUAUGAUAGCUCAUUAAUAAGUAACCAUCAAACGGGAGACUCCUUCUCGGAUGUCAGCUUAGGGGUUGAGGUCAUAGAAGGUCAUAGUUUAACCUCAAGAGGGUUAUCAAGCUUCGCGUCGCGACUUGAAACCAUAUAUUGACACGGGAUUGGACUAUACUUGGAAUUAAAGUAGUAGCAGCGUAUUCCUUUCUGUCUGCAAGGAUAUAAUCCACAGUGUGAAGGCUCCAAGUGGAGUGGGAUAGAAGUAAUAUGAUACAGUGCUUUCGCAUAAAUACCCAAGCAUAACCUCUAAUAUUCCAGACUCCAGACCAUUGUCAAUACAACAAUAAACUUACAUCGAUACAACGAAGAUCGCAGCAGAGUCGACAAAAAUGAAGGCAUCACUUCUCCUUAGCCUAGGAGCCUUAGCGCUUCCAGGAGUCUUUGCAACGCCUGUGAACGAGAUCGAAACUAGAAAGAGCUCCCACUCAUUUAUGGGCUCUAAUCUAUACUUCCUUCCUGGACUAUCCGACCAGGACCAAGACAAUUACAUCAACGAUCUCUCCAACUACGGCGUCAAGGUCGUCCGCGUGUGGGUGAACCGACAAGAUUCCGGGCAUUGCGAGAAGGGAAGUAAACUCGCAGUAAGCGUAGGCCCGUUGGAGUCCGAGUUGGGUAAAUUCGACGACAGGACGCUGGACGCCGUCGAUAAAGUUGUCAACAAGCUCGCUAAGAAGGGCAUUAAAUCUAUUAUUUCGCCCCACGACGCGAACUCCCUUCUUGACGACUAUCGAAGAGAUGUAUACACCAAGUUUGGCAAGUCUGGGUUUUACUCCUCAGACGAAGCUAUUAAAGCCUACGACAAGCGAAUUGACCAUAUUCUUAACUACAAGGGAGCCCACUCCGGCAAGGUAUGGAAGAAUUGGAGCGACGCAAUCAUGGCAUUCGACCUGCAAAACGAGCCCAUGUCUCCGGACCUUUCAGUCUGUCAGAACAACGAUCAGAAGAACUGGCUCUGCGGGCGCGCCAAGAAGUUCCGCAGUGUUCUAGGCUCCAAUAAUAAGAUACAAAUUGCAACUGGAGGUGUCGGCGGUGACUUUUCGCAUGGAUGCACCUUUAUAAAAGCUGCUACGCAGUGCCCUGAGGUCGAUCUAAUCGCCAUUCAUCGCUACGCGGGCAGUCAGUCUAACAACCCUGGUCAAUGGUCCGGAAGUGCGAAAAACUGGGUCCAGCAGGCCGGCGGCAAGCUCAUCUUCGUUGAAGAAUGGGGGGUUAACACUGCUGCGAACGACGCCAAAAGCGAGCUGCCCGCCCAAGCUAACGAUAUCAAUAAAGUUGGCCUGCCAAACUUGUAUUGGCAGUUUCUACCUAAGGAGACUUGUUCUUACGACCCUAGCCAGGAUUCCGGCGAUUGCUUUGGCAUCUUCGUUGAGGGAGAUGUCGAUAUUGCAUCGGUCGUGAAGGGUGCUUCGAACGCUGGUGCUUUACAGGACUGGUCGAAGGUAAUUGGAUAAACGAGAACAAUUAGAUCUCGUGUCAACACUAUUUAGAGUCUCCGUGAAGCACUGGGAAAUACUUUGACGAUGGGCAGCCUUACUUGGACCAUGUGGAUGUACAUACAUUAAAGGCAUUUUGCAGCUUUCUUUUUUAGUCUCUCGUUAAACAUUAUCAUAUACCUUACCUCAGUUGAACUCCCAACAAUGAGAUCCCCUUAUUGAUAAAUAAUUCUAGAUGCAGUACACCGA